UAUGCAGAGACACAGUUCAUUGCCCUGGGACAUAAUGUUUAAAAGCGCAUGUGUGUGUGCGAUUGUGUCAGUCACAGAUAAAGCACGGAGCGGGACCUCUCUGUCAGAUCACAGCUUCUUCACUUUGUAGAGCAGACCGGUUUCACCUGGAGGAUUAACCCCAGAUAUGAGGCUUUGUUCCUGGACUGAAGCUUGGUGUCUCCUGUCUGUCCUGGUUCUUCUGACUGUCCUACAUGUCAAAGCCGACCAGCAGCAGCCCAAGGAGAGACACUAUUACAUCGCUGCUGUGGAGAUAGACUGGAACUACUCUGGCAAUGACACACACGGGUUUGGUCCCACCUAUAAGAAAGUGGUCUUUCGGGAGUAUGACAAAGACUUCCGACAGGCGAAGACUCAUCCCUCCUGGUUAGGUCUACUUGGACCCACGCUGAGGGCUCAGGAGAACGAGACCAUUGUCGUCACUUUCCGAAACAUGGCCACCGGACCGCACAGCAUCCACCCACACGGGGUCGCUUACGGCAAACAGUCGGAGGGGGCCAACUACUUUGACAACACGUCACAGAAAGAGAAAGAGGAUGACGUGGUGCAGCCUAACGGGGAGCACGUUUACUACUGGGAGGUGACAUCAGAUGUUUCUCCACAGCCAAAUGACCCCACCUGUAUCACCUACACCUACGUCUCCCACAUAAAUGUUGUCGAGGACUACAACUCGGGCCUCAUUGGUACUUUACUCAUCUGCAAGCCUGGCAGUCUGGAUGAGUCGGGGCAGCAGGUCGGCGUCCACCAGGAGUAUGUGUUCCUCUUUGGGGUUUUUGAUGAGAGGGAGAGCAAGUACGAACCAAACAAACAUGCCAACCAUGUGAAGUACACCAUCAACGGAUACGCAAUGGGAUCGCUACCUGAUGUGAGUGUGUGUGCCUACGCCUCUGUGAGCCUGCAUCUGGUGGGUAUGAGCUCAGAGCCCGAGGUAUUCUCAGUGCACAUGAACGGCCAGGUGCUGCGGCAGACCGGGCAUAAAGUGUCAUCGGUGGGCCUCAUCAGCGGCUCCACCGCCACCGCCAGCAUGGUGGCUCUCCACGCAGGCCGCUGGCUGCUCUCCUCCCACACCAUCAAGCACAUGGAGGCUGGCAUGCAUGGUUUCGUGGAUGUGAAAAAGUGUGACGGCUUCAAAGCACCGCAGCGAAGGAUGACCAUCGAACAAAAACGAAACAGCAUGGUGUGGACAUACUACAUAGCUGCUGAGGAAAUUAUCUGGGACUAUGCACCUAAUAUGCAAGAACACAUUGACGGGGACUUCAAGUUCCAGUACCUGAGACAGUCACCAACACGAGUCGGUGGGAAGUACAAGAAGGCGGUGUACACGCUGUACAAAAACGAGUCAUUCACUGAGAGGUUGGAGUCCAAGCAAAGGAAAAAUGAGCUCGGGAUCUUGGGCCCAGUGAUCAGAGCGCAAAUCAGAGAUAUCGUCAAGAUUGUUUUUAAGAACAAGGCCUCCAGGCCCUACAGUAUCUAUCCACAUGGACUGACGAUAGAGAAGUCAGAUGAGGGAGUCAACUACCCAGCAGGAGGCAACCAUUCUCAUGGUGUUCAGCCAGGUGAGACACACACCUACACCUGGAAAGUGGUCGACGAGGAUGAGCCCUUUGACGAGGACUCUCGAUGUUUGACACGACUGUACCACAGCGCAGUGGACACGCCACGCGACAUCGCCUCAGGACUGAUAGGACAAAUCCUCAUCUGCAAGAGUCAGUCCCUCAAUAUCAGGGGUGUGCAGCUGAAAGCAGACAAGGAGCAGCAUGCAAUGUUGGCUGUGUUCGAUGAGAACAAGAGCUGGUACGUGGAUGACAACAUCCGCCAAUAUUGCGAUCGAUCCAAAGUUAACAAGGCAGACCCGGACUUUUAUAAGUCCAAUGUCAUGCACACAAUUAACGGUUACGUGUUCGAGAGCGGCCCGCCCCUGGGCUUCUGCAACGGUGAGAUCGUGACAUGGCACAUGUCCAGCAUUGGAGCACAAGACUACAUCCAGACAGUUACUUUCUACGGCCAUACAUUUGAGCUGAACGGGCGGACAGAGGACUUCCUCAGCCUCUACCCGAUGAGCGGAGAGACCAUAACUAUGAAGAUGGACAACAUUGGUGUCUGGCUCAUGGCUUCCCUGAAUUCCCACGAGACAACCAAAGGAGAGCGCGUAAAGUUUCAGGAUGUUGAGUGCUAUCGUGACCACCAGUAUGAGUACACUGACUAUGACGAUCCAGCAGCGCUCAAAGAAUUUAAAGUGUGGAACCCUCUGAGCUUGGAUGACAUCAAGAAGGAAGAGGAGAAGCCAAAACCUGCAAUAAAGACACAAAAGGAGCCAGACUAUUACACAGACAUGUUUGCAGAUGAAUUAGGUCUCAGGUCUCUGAAGAACCAAUCUGGUAAAUCAGAUGUGGAGCAGCUGGACCUCUCUUUCCUCGACUAUGAUGCUAUUGAUGUGCCUCAUGGAGGUACGAAAAUCACCCUGAAUUUCAAGGAGACGAUUUGGACAGAGGUGGAUGGACUGAACCUUACUGCAGUUAGUUUGCUGAACCAAAGCAUCAGUGAGAACACAACACAUGUGCAGAACACUAGUACACCAUCAACUUUUGGCAAUUCUACUGUGAACACGACUGUUUUUUAUAGCCCAGAUAUAUUACCAAAGAAUGACAGCAUCACUACAAACAGCAGUGUGUUUGUAGUCUCAAGUAUUGAUAAUGCUACAGUGUUAUCAACGGUUGGAAAUGUAUCAACAGAGAUUACCAAUCUUACGGUAACAUUACAAGAAACUGCCAAUCUUACGGAAACUUCAAGAGGUAAUUCAAGUUCCGUCAUGGAGACUGACGGAAUGAAUGUAACCCUGACUGGUGAUAACCAGACUUCUGUGGGCAUGAUGUUGGCGGAGGACUCCGAGGAGAGACUCACCAGAGGGGACGUGUUUUUUUAUUCUGAGCCGCUAACCAAUACCAGCACCAACAGUCUCCACAGUACACUAGAGGGCAACGCCACAUCUCUGUCACACAGUGCAGAGAAUAACACAGCAGCUAACCAUGUUAACGUGUCAGCAGAUGAAACAAACCGUUCAUCGUCUAUUCCCACGGCUGAUGUUGGAGAGGUUAACAUCAGCAGCACAGACAGAAGCAACUUUACAAUCUUAGAGUUGGAGGUGGAGAGCACAGACAACAAAACCAGUGACAAUGACUCCCUGAUUGCCGCAGCAGAGCCAGAGUAUUUGAGUUCAUUCGAAGUUCAAAUGAAUUCAUCUGACAUUGUGACUAUCCCAGCCAAUUCCAGCCUUGAAAAUGCAACACACGCUCCGCUCGAAACUGGGCGCUCACAGAAUGUCACAGCGAAUGUAUCCAGAUCAAAUUCAUCAGAGGAGAUUAGUUCAGAGAGUAGGGAGAAUCUCACAGCUCAUCUUGGUGAGUUGAACCACACAUCCUCUUCAGAAAGUUUCUCCAAUGAGACUGAUCUGUCCCUCUCCAGCGAUGCAGAAAGAAAGAGCGAUUCUGAGGAGAUAAGUGCCUCAGACAUCAAUGAAGAAGUGCUGAUCUUCCUUUCAGAAAACAAAACAGAGGCGAUAAAAACCACCUCCGUUAAAACGCAGGGGCACAACUGGACUUAUGAGGGAACUCACCAAAUGGAAACCGUGGAGAUUUCUGACGACAUGAUGAAAUAUUUGGGGCGAGAAACCCCUCAAACAACGCCAACCCCGAAAAAGAAGACCAGGAGGGUGAACUUCCGACAAUGGCCCAACAAGGGCGAAGGCAUGAAAACAAAGAAGAGGAAGGAAUUCAAACCUCAGUCCAGGAGUGGCCAACCGUUCUCUCCUCGUGGGUUCAAUCCAGGCAUGACCCCGCGCGGGUCACGACCUCUUUCACCGCAGCCCGUCCAUGAUGAGAUGGAGCUCAUCAACAUGCCCAUUGUCAUCGGUGUGCCCCGGCCCGAUUUCAGUGACUACGAGCUGUACCUUCCUGGGGACGAACCAGAUCAUCUAGACCUAGAGGUGGAAAAUGUGAACGCAGAUGAAUACGAGUAUGUGACCUACAUGGACCCCUACAGCGAUCAUGACGACAUCAAGAAUCUAAACCUGGAUGACACCACCAAAUACUACUUAAAACUCUCAGGCCCGAAUGUCAAGACUUAUUUCAUUGCUGCAGAGGAGGUCGAGUGGGACUAUAGUGGCUACGGACAGAGGAGACAAGACAAGUCACAACUAAACAGCAGAGAAACUCAGUUCAACAAGGUGGUUUUCCGAGGGUACAUGGACAGCAGCUUCAGCACACCUGACAUCCGUGGAGAGAUGGAUGAGCAUCUAGGCAUCCUGGGACCUGUCAUCAAGGCGGAGGUUGGACAAAGCAUCAUGGUGGUGUUUAGGAACAAAGCCAAGCGUCCGUUCUCCUUACACCCAAAUGGGGUUUCCUAUACCAAGCAGACCGAGGGUCUGUCCUAUGAGGAUGGCUCUAAGUACUGGUAUAAAUAUGACAAUGAGGUUCAACCCAAUACCACCUUCACAUAUAUAUGGAAGGUUCCUGCCUCGGUUGGGCCAGUUGCAGAUGAGUCUCAAUGUCGGACUUGGGCCUACUAUUCAGGUGUCAAUCCUGAAAGGGAUAUCCACUCUGGCUUGAUUGGGCCUUUGUUGGUGUGUCGAGAGGGCACCCUGGACAACAACGAACCAGACAUGAGGGAGUUCACGCUGCUUUUCAUGACCUUCGAUGAGUCGCAGAGCUGGUACUACGAGGAGAACCACGAGAUGAUGCAAAGGAAGAACCGAAGGAGAGCUAUGGACCACAACUUAAAGGAGAACCUCAAAUUCCACUCCAUCAAUGGCAUCAUACACAACCUGAAGGGCCUGAGGAUGUACACUAACCAGCUGGUGUGCUGGUACCUGAUCAACAUGGGUUCUCCCAAAGACUUUCAGAGCAUCCACUUCCACGGACAGACGUUCCUCCACAAGAAGAUCACCAGCUACAGACAGGCCGUCUACCCACUGCUGCCUGGGAGCUUUGCCACUCUGGAGAUGUACCCAUCCAAACCUGGCCUGUGGCAGCUGGAGACAGAAGUUGGUUUCAACCAACAGAAGGGCAUGCAGACCCUCUUUCUGGUUCUAGAUAACGACUGCUACCGCCCGCUGGGCUUAGAAUCCGGCAGCGUGAAAGACGACCAGAUCACAGCAAUCAACACUAGAGGAUACUGGGAGCCCCAUCUUGCCAGAUUGAACAAUAACGGUAAAUUCAACGCAUGGAGCACAGACCAGAACAAAAGCUGGAUUCAGGUGGACUUCCAGAGGCCAGUUGUGCUCAGCCAGGUGGCCACGCAGGGAGCCAGGCAGCUAUUCCAAACCCAGUUUGUGGUCAAGUACUCUAUCUCCUACAGCACCGACCGCCGGAAGUGGAUCUUCUAUAAGGGCGACAGCAGGGACCUCAGGAAGGUAUUCACUGGGAACCAGGAAGCCUUUGAGACAAAAAGAAACACCUUCUUUCCUCCUAUGAUUGGACGGUUCAUCAGGCUACACCCCAUCGACUGGUACAACAAGGCCACAGUCCGCAUGGAGUUCUACGGCUGUGAGCUUGAUGGCUGCUCGGUGCCUCUGGGGAUGGAGAGCAGACUGAUUGAAGACCAUCUCAUCACAGCCAGCACCACAGCCUCCAGCUGGUACUCUGGACCCUGGAAACCUUCUCUUGCACGCCUCAACAAACAGGGCACCAUCAAUGCAUGGCAGGCCAAGCAUCGUGACAUGAACCAGUGGCUUCAGGUGGAGCUGCUCCAAAUCAAGAAGAUCACAGGUAUCAUAACACAAGGAGCCAAGUCUCUGGGGAAAGAGAUGUAUGUCAUGUCCUACACUCUGCAGUACAGCAACAAUGGCAUUCACUGGAGGCAGUACACAGAUGAUGACAGCGUCCCUUUCAAGACUUUCUUGGGAAAUACAAAUAACAACGACCACGUGAAGAACUACAUCUACCCUCCUAUUUUCUCCCGCUUCAUCCGAAUCAUCCCCAGAAGCUGGCAGAACUCCAUCACCAUGAGAAUAGAACUACUGGGCUGUGAAUUUGAGUGACACACACACUGGUACACACAGAUACAUGCAUACCAAAUGAUGAAGGGUCAAAUCAACCAUGCACAUGUACAUGUAAGUAAAAACACACAUGUAGUGUACGCCCAGACAUUUACUACACAUCCAUUCCCACACAUAGGAACAUGUAUAGAGGAUACUACAUGCAUACAUAGUAUAUCACAGCCCUCGUGUGCAGCAAAAAACAAGAACAUAAGUGCAUCUACUUCUCAAGCCAAAACUCAUACCAUGUGCAAAGUGCAAAGUGUUUUAUUAAAGCAAAUAUAUGCCUAGUUAAAAUCAAAUAUAAAACUCAUUGGUAAGUGAAAUACGUAUGAAUAAUCUUAACCCUUUUGUCAAUAGUUUUAUGUAUUUUCUAAUUACUAGUUGUAUUCUAAGCUGUUCUGUGGCAUUUUCUCCCUCACAAAUGACAACGAAUGAAUGUAAAUAUGUAAGUAGAGAUCAUGUAAUUUAUUUUUUAACAAAUAUGAUUACUAUUCUUACUUUUCGGUGUCCUACUUUGUGAGGCAUGAAGACAUAAAUGAGUGGAUUCUGUUUGACUUGAUGUCCCACUUACGAGUAACACCGAUAUCUUCUCGUGGUGUCUCGAAGGUGUCACUUUCGGCACCUCCGCUGAUGCCAGGCCCCUCGUUAAGCAGCAGCUAAGGGCCUCCAGAGUCAACAGACACGUGCAGCUGCAAACACAUGGCAUGUUUACCCAUUUGCUGAUCGUGUUAAAGUGGGCACCGGAGGUGUGAAAGUCUCAGCAUGGCCGUCGUGCAUGCUACUGAUGUGUGAAGACAAAUGAACUCACAGAGAUCUUUACUGGACAACUGGCUGUCCGGGGCUCUGGGGAAACUGUCGACCCACGUCUGAGAAACAAGUGACCUAUGUAGUUAAACAUAAGACAAACAAUAUGGUGCAGAAGUUCAGGGAAAGACUGGUGAGGACUUUCUCGGGAUGAAGAAAGUUCUUGUUAGAACGCACCUGAUGGGAGAGGAAAGGACAUGCUGUAAAUAUAGGCUCUCUGACCGCUUUAACCAUGAAAGUUGCAAAACAUUCAGCAUGAAUAAACCAAAGUUCAAAACAUCCGAUUGAUUGCAGUUGUGACAGCACACCACCAGAUGUCGCUCCAGCUUCAUCUUUGCUGAAGAUCAGCCCUGGACAAAAUAUUUUCAUGUCUGCGUGAUAAAGUUUUGUGUGAUUGACCUCCACCUGGUAACAUCAGUGGAGAUCACGUACAGAUCCAAAUGACUUCAGACCUUCAAGGUCCGGUCUGAGUACAGUGCAGUUCUUAGAUUAUGAGUUUUAAAAAAUGUGGCAUGUAACCUAAAUAUAAAUACAAAUAUUGUGCUUUUAAAAUAUAUGAACUUACUUAUAAUUGCAUUCAAAGGCUCAUACAUCUUAAGAUAAUAAAAGCAUGUGAACUCUCGUUUUUUUUUGCUCCUAUACAAAUAUGCUACUGAAAAACAUCAAUUAAUGUGAAAUCAUUACUUCCUAACUGAG